AUGGCGUAUCAAAACCACCAACUUCCUCCAAACCAUUUCACUCCUGAUGACUCCACCACCACCAAACCAACCUUCCAAACCGCACCUAGCUGGCUCAACAACGCUCUUCUUCCUAACAACUCAUCAAACACCAACACCAACACCAGUACCAAUUUCCUCAACCUCCACUCCGCCGUCGCUUCCGCUUCUCAAUCCUCCUCCCAAUGGCCGAGGAUUGAAGAUUCCACCAUGGCCGGCAUGAAAGCACUGGAGAGCGGCGAGCCGGCUGCGGAGGAGGGAAUAAUGAACUGGCAGAAAGCCAAAUACAAAGGGGAAAUAAUGGCGCAUCCGUUGUACGAACAGCUCUUAUCAGCGCACGUGGCAUGUUUGAGAAUAGCCACGCCGGUUGACCAGUUGCCGAGGAUUGACGCUCAGCUGGCUGAGUCGCAGAAUGUUGUUGCCAAGUACUCUGCCUUUGCACAAGGCAUGCUUGAUGAUGAUAAUAAACAUCUCGAUCACUUCAUGUCACACUAUGUUUUGUUGCUUUGUUCUUUCAAAGAACAGCUCCAGCAACAUGUCCGGGUCCAUGCCAUGGAAGCAGUAAUGGCUUGUUGGGAGAUCGAGCAAUCCUUACAAAGUCUAACAGGAGUUUCACCCGGAGAAGGUACAGGAGCAACAAUGUCUGAAGAUGAAGAUGAACAAGUGGAGAGUGAUACUAAUCUGUUUGAUGGAAAUUUGGAUGGUUCAGAUAAUAGUAUGGGAGGAUUUGGUCCUCUUGUUCUAACAGAGAAUGAGAGGUCCUUAAUGGAACGUGUAAGACAUGAAUUAAAGCAUGAGUUGAAACAGGGUUAUAAAGAGAAAAUUGUGGACAUCCGAGAGGAAAUUUUACGAAAGAGACGAGCAGGGAAACUUCCCGGUGACACGACCUCAGUCCUUAAAGAUUGGUGGCAAUCACAUGCAAAGUGGCCUUAUCCUACAGAAGAGGAUAAGGCAAGGUUGGUGCAAGAAACAGGUUUGCAAUUGAAACAGAUCAAUAAUUGGUUUAUCAAUCAAAGGAAGAGAAACUGGCACAGCAAUCCUUCAACUUCUAAUGUCAUGAAGAGCAAGCGCAAGAGUAAUGCAUGCAGGUGA